AUGGCUUCAUUCGACACCGAAUUUUCUUCAGGUCUCGAAGAUGCAGUGUUCGACUAUUUCAUUGUUGGAGGUGGAACCUCUGGCCUUGUGGUAGCCGACAGACUCAGCGAGGACCCCAAUGUUCGAGUCAUUGUCCUUGAAGCAGGAACAAACCGUCUCGAUGAUCCUCGAAUCACGAUCCCAGGAUUGGGCAUAGCAACAUUCGAGGAUCCAGAUUUCGUUUGGAAUUUCCGAUCAAUACCUCAGGGAAUGAAAUAUGACGAAAAGAGUAAUGGGACUGAUGGCCCUGUGAACGUGUCGUUCGGUGAUCAGUACAUGCCGUAUCAUUCUGCAUGGUUGGAAACCUUCAAGGGACUUGGAUAUCCACAAGUCGAAGAUUUAAUCAAUGGUGCUCGGAUUGGUCCAUUUGUCACGCCUGGCUCCAUUGAUCCAGUCACCAACACGAGAAGUCAUUCUGGAGUGGCCUAUCUGGGUCCGGAUGUUCAGGCUAGAUCCAACCUGAGGGUUGUGACGGGGGCUUUGGUAGAGAAGGUCGUAAAGGACCAGAAAGGAUUCACGGUUUCAGCGCAAAGAGAAGGUAUCUUGGCUGCAGGAACGACGCAGACGCCUCAGAUAUUGGAGCUGUCCGGUAUCGGAAGAUCGUCAGUUCUCCAGGCCCACGGCAUCACCCCGAUAAUUGACCAUGCGGGUGUCGGCGAGAAUCUGCAAGAUUAUGGCAUAGUACCUUUGGUUUAUGAAGUGGCGGAUGGCCUUCCGUCCGGGGAUAUGGCGAGGGAUCCUGCAGUUGCCGCCGCAGCAAUGGCUGCAUAUCAGAAAGACGGCUCAGGUCCUCUGGGAAUGGUUCCAUUCAUUUCUGCAUUCAUGCCCUGCGCGGACCUGACCCAGCCAGAACUGGAGAAAAUACUUCUGAAGAUUGAGGAAUCCAUCAAAAAUCCGGAGACCUCCAUCACACACAGAAAACAGUUUGAGGUGCUGCAGGGCUUGAUCAAGGAUCCGGAGGAAGCCACUGCCCAAUAG